GAGGUUGGUUUUCCAUGCCCUGGUAAUAUGCGGGAAGCAUCUGCUCAGACAGAUUUGUCUUGUUAACUUUUUCGCUCUUUCUCUCACGCGUCCUUCUGAGCGCCAUCCAAGGAGAUGUGGAGCGGUGAUUCGCACGCAGGGCUGUAAGUCGGGACACACGUUGCCAUUUAAGGGCUGCGAGUCGGGACACACGGUGCCAUUUAAGGGCUACACCAAGUCGGGACAGACGGUGCCAUUUAUACACGACGUGCGGCACGUUUCUUGCUCCAAAGUCCGGACACGUCCUUUCAGGAAGAGAGCAGGGCGCAACUCGACACGUGGAAAACCGAAGAGGGUGGUGGUAUACUACACCUCGGAUACGGAUAGCAGGUUUGGGUGAGAGUUGGUCCAGGUUCAGACGACGUAAGAGCGGGGUAUAAAAUAUAAGUCGGGACGCGAAAAACUUGAGUGUGUCUCAGGAGUCGGGACGACGAAAGCGAGGUAUGAGUCGGGAUGCCGAGAGCGAAGCGAGUGUGAAAGUCGAGGAGACGAACGCGAAACGGAGCGGGAUCUUAAGUCGGGACGACGAAAGCGAAUCGGGAUCCGAAGUCGGGACGAUGAGACGACAGCCAAAGACGGAGGUUAUGCGCCGGGAUGAGGAUCUUAAGUCGGGACGACGAUAGAGAAACGACAGCGAAGCUGAUCUGUUGAUCAGAGCUAUAGACGCCCUAAUCGAAAGAGGAUCUUAAGUCGGGACGACGAGGGAGCUCUACUGAUCGUUGAUUAACGGCAGAGAGAGGGACUUCGUUUGGCGGUAUAUAAAUAUAUAUAAAUAUACGCAUAUCUAUAUAUAUAAUGUAGAUAUAGAUAUAAAUAUAUAAGUGUAGCACGAUUUAAGAGACGACGACAAAGUUUGACGUCGAUAGGUGAUGAGGUGUCAAAAGACGACAGCAGAUGCUGACGUGUCUUUUAAUCAGCCUUAUCCAUUAAUACGUAGAAGGAUGAAGAAUAAUAUGCUGUUUGGACCGUACGGGCGAAGGUUGUGUGCAUAAAGGCGGGAGGGGGAACGCGGAGAUAGGAAACUUCCAGGAAACAUUUAGGAAAUACCCAGGAAAGUUGUAGUUGCUGCUGGCGUGGAGGCGCUAGGUAAUCGAUUCGCUAAUCAGGUCGGUGAUGAGGUGACGCGCAGCUGAUGAGGUGAUUCAGCGAAAAGACGUGCAAUGUGGCGGAGCGUAUGAUGAGGAUAUCUUGGAACGUGGAAGGAGGAGAAAACGCACAGGGAGGAAGAAAGAGCGAGAGAGGUGUAUGUUGGUGGAGUGCAGAGUCGGUGCUUAGUGAAAGGGGAAGGGAGUUGAUUAAUUGAUUGGUUGAUUGAUUGAUUUGAUUUGAUUGAUUGAUUGAUUGAAGGGUUAGCGUGUUUGAGGAAGAAAGAGCAAGAGGUGUAUCUUGGAGUGAGAAGACGGGGCUUUGUGGAAGAGGGACGGAGUUGAUUGAUUGAUUGAUUGAUUGAUUGAUAUUGGGAGAGGUGGGAAGAGAGAGUUGAGGUAUAAAGAUUUUUGGUGUUUGAGAAUCAGCGGAAAUGUUUAAAAAUCAGCUUCAGGAGUUGGCACAAAAGAAUUCAUACAAUUUGCCGUCGUACGCUUGUAUAAGGGAAGGACCUGACCAUGCUCCUCGUUUCAAGGCCAGCGUUAAUUUCAAUGGAGAGCUGUUCGAGUCCCCGUCGUAUUGCUGCAAUCUCAGACAAGCUGAGCACGCAGCGGCAGAGGUGGCUCUCACAACGUUCACAAGAUGCGUCAACGACGGAAGCAAACGAAGACCAGGAGCAACAGAACAUCGCGAGAGCUCUUGCAAAUGUCGAAGAAGAGCAGCGGGGCUCAGGGUCGUCAUUUGAAGGACCUUCCACAACGACGUCGACGAGACCGUCAUCGAGUAGCAGCAGGCGAUCGCGCGAAGAGAGAACGACUGCCACGGUUUCUUCGCAGACGGUGCCAGUUGUCCAGCUGCCGAGCACGUCCCAGUACCCGUGGGCAUCUGUGGACAGAAUAGGCAAAGAAGGAAUGACCGGCGUUCGAUACCUGCAUGCGGGCGUGCCCUCGUUGGUGCCUCAUAGCGCUCGAAUGAGCGCUUCUCAGAUCGUGCCUCGUGCAGUCAUUCCCAUGAGUUACGUGAGCCAGUCGCCCGCCGUCCUAAGUCGAGGCAUUCCGCUCCCUUCGUCGGCGUCCGGAGGUCCCACGACAACCUAUCAGUAUCCUGUAGAUAGCAGAACAGUGCCUGUUGUGCUUUCUGGCAGCGCUUUGCCGAUCACAUCCUCCGCUUCUUCCCGACAGAUCCAUGUGCGCAGCAGCGAAUCCAGCAAGGCGAACCAUGUUUCCGGUUCAACCCCUGCCCAUCUCGAAGAGCACAUUCGGGAUGAGGAGGAGUGGUUGUCCGGUGGGACGAGCUCCUCGCGGUCGAGCGGCGGCGCUUCAGAUGAUCGAUCGCCGAACAAGGAGGACAAGAAAGGAAAGGAUGUGGCGACUUCGUCUCGCCUCGAGGAUCAUCACCAGAUGACUCAGAGUGUGCUGUUCAACCAAAUGGGUGUGUGCUGGGAUGCGCAGCAGCUGUGGACUCGCAUUCAGGCACCGUACCAGAGAGCCGCACCUGUUGCUGUCAGGCCGCUCAUCAGGGUAAGAGCACAAGCACCGACAGAAGAGGAUUCCAACGAUUCGACGGAAGGAGAGGCGGCGACAAGGCAGGUUCUCAGCCAGCUGAGUCUUUGAGAUUUUCGAGUUGGUGGGCUCUCUGCACGUGGAGGUCAUCAGCGGCGGAUGCAUUUUAGCUCUCGUGUUUAGUACCUUGAUUACUGCACACUGCCAUUCCCCUCGCUCGGUAUGUGCAGUCGAGUGAGUAUUGAAAACCUUUCGAGUCGACUGGGUCCAUCAUGGAAUAUCCGCAGAGAGCUGCUGCUGUACUAGCCUUGUCGCUGUGUGGAAUUCUAUUUGCACAGAUCUGCUGCUGGUUCGUGCCACCUCGUUGCAAGGAGAAGAGCACACCACCUCCCCCGUGCGAGUCAGUCGAGCAUGGCGGUCAGCGUGAAUGAUAUCGGUUCUUGAUUGGCGGGGGUAUAUACGAAAGAAGUGCAUGCAGCUUUGACGGUUUUAGCAGGGGUAUAUACGGAAGAAGUGCAUGCAGCUUUAACAGUUUUAGCAGGGGUCCCUUUGUGGUGUCUGAAAAGCCCAGCUUCUUGGAAUGGUUUCAGCAGAGCUUUAACGGUUUUAGCGGGGUAUAUACGAAAGAAGUGCAUGCAGGGAGAGCUAUUGAUAUCCGUUGUGGAGCUCGCUUUUUCCCUCCCAGUUGUUUUGUGCAUGCGAGGCGGUGAGAGAUGCGCAGAGACAAUCGGUGUGCACCCUUACCCCUAGGAGCUUGUCCACCUCCCUUCUUCUCCCAACUCCUCUCCAGCCCCUCCUACCCCCCACCGUUGUGUUGUCUCCCUCGAUAAACAGAGAGACGAAAACCUUCAUAAGCUGCCCUACCCCUGUUCUCGCUGUGUAGACUGGUGGGAGGGUAGCAGUAUGAGUUGAAAAGAUAUGAAGGACAUUUGCAAAUUUCGGGCGGUCAUCGCUCAAUGCAUCUGACUGCACUUUCGUGAAGUCGUGGUGGUGGUGGUGGUGCGGGGGGGAGGCGGGGGGGAAGGGGAAAGGGAGGAGAGGUGGGUUUGGCGUGAGUAAUGUCUUGGCAGGUAGAGAAAGAUGGCUACCCGUCUUCACCUGAAUAGAACGCCCCGUCAUUAUAUCUGUAUUUUGGGCAAAUUUAAGUCCACAUACAGCGAUAAUGACCAGGCGUUCUAUUCCGGUGAAUAGGGGAGCGGUUCCUACUUCCUGCACUCGAGCGGGGCACACGAGUGUGGCCGGGGUCAGGAAUCACACUGUUUUCUUUCCGUGGAGAGAUUUUGCCGUGCCUCAAAACAAGACGAGAUGAAGGAUGAAGGAUGUGCUUUCUCAGGGCAAAGUCACACUAGGUCUUUCGUAACUAGAAUGUGGACGUAAUUGCUGUCGCUCAGGUACGUGUCGGAAUCGGAUGCGGUUUUCUCGUCAAGUUCAUCCGUGAAAGACCUAGUGUGAGCAUGCUCUCAGAUUCAGCUCCUUGUGGUUACAAUAACCUUUUCGAGCUUUCUUUUGGUUACUGAGCGGGUGUACUCGCACAGCGGGAGAGCACGAACAGGACGCACACACGGGCGGGGAGUAGCGCCCGUGGUUACCUGCGUUGAAGGCAGGCCCCCGGCGACAUCAAAAUAGACCGUAUGCCCCCGUUGGGGUUUCUGGGUUACCGUAUGUGAGUGAGCCCUAUGGAACCUCAGCUAUCGUUGAAGGUAGGAUGGGACUGUACGUCGACAGAGGAAACUCUCAAGGAAAGCUUCUGAAGGCGUGCCAGACUCUGUGUGUGCAAAGGGCCUCGGUAUCCGGUCACAGUUAUGCGUAGUGUUUUUUUUUUGUUUUUUUUUUUGCGCAUGUGCGCCUUUGCGGAUGUGGGAUCGACAUGUGGACUUGUGGUGGUGAAAGAACGAAGGUAACCAGUUGAUUCUUACCUCGAUCAGAUGUCCACCUUGCGUUCUCUGUUUGCCUUUUCUUGCAUUCGUGCAUGCAUCGGAAGCCUAUUAGCUUCCCAGCGUGCGAAGAGAGCGAAUGUGCGGGUCAUGGUGACCGACCGUUGCGACAAUGGGAGAGAGAGAGAGAGAAGAGGGAGGAAAAAAGAGAGCAAGGAGGAUGGGUUGUGGGGGACUGAAGCAUCCUUGUGCUCGUCUUACUGUUUGUAGGAGCCGGCAGUCGGAUGUGCGCGCAAGCACUUCGUAUUUUGGUGAGUGCCUCGCAAGCGCACACAUCCGGCGAGCACAGGCGGUGCCUGAUAACCCAUAUAUGGAGGAUGAGAUGACAGGGCAGCGUUGCUGUUUCUCGUGCUGUCGGAGUUUUUAACUCCCAUUGUGGAACAGGAGGGGCUGCUGAUGCCGUCUCCGUUGGUUUUGCUUUCCCCUCUCCUCUCCUCUCCUCUCCUCUCCUAUCUUUCUUUUCUUCGUUUCGUUUCAUUUCUCCUUUAGUUGAUAUGUCUCCUACUGAUCUUUCUUCCCUAGUUUCCCUCUCCCUCCCUUCCCUUCCCCUUUACUCCCCUCCCGUCCCCCGACCUCAUCUCUCUCUCUCUCUCUCUCUCUCUCUCUCUCUCUCUCUCUNCUCUCUCUCUCUCUCUCUCUCUCUCUCUCUCUCUCUCUCUCUCUCUCUCUCUCUCUCUGUUUCUUUCUUUUGUUCUUUUUGUUGUUAAUAGCACUUGUGCCACGAGAUUCACCAGUGUACGGCAUGAAAAGCGGCCAGGGGACAUGCGUUUGUAGUUUCCCUUGCGUUGCAAACGGUGCCGAAUGCGUCUUUGCUCAGCCAGCUGCAGUGGAAGAUAGGAUAAGUAUGGUGGAGAUGUGUUUAGAAGCUGAUGAAGAACUAACUGUGUUCUUCUGAGCUAUGUGGGAUGUUUGGGUCCUGGGGGUCACAUGCUACGUUGAAGGUCACAGGUUCAAAUACUGUGGGGUUGAAGUGAUGAUCCCUGGCAAAGCCGUAUGAUGGAGGGAGUGUGUGGGCUCACAAUCGGAGCAGUCUUGUGUAUAUUUGUCUGGAAAGUGCAUGGCUGACACAGCACAGGUAGAGUCCUCUUGAAGCACGAUCUAUAUGGGAAAAGAGGAGGGGGGUACUAUAAGCAGUGUCUCUGGUACUCUAGCCAGGGCUACUAGUGUUCAAUUUUAUUUUUAGAUUUGUUGCUUGGAUUGGCUUUGAACUGACGAUCUGGUGUUUAGUGCGAAGUAUGGUGCAAGUGGUGGUCCCCUCCGUCAUGGCGUUUGGCAGCACAGGUGGUGGUGGCAUUUACCUCUCCCGCGCCCACUGGGAAGGAAGACACCUGGAUAUGGUGGACAAGAAGUCGAAGAAGAGCAGCAAAAGAUGGAUUGGAUGGAGCCCAAGCCAUUGUCAGGACACUACCGUCUUUCGCCGAACAUAACGCACCCUGAAAAUGAACGUCUACAAGGCGAGUGAUGUUGGUGGCGCAUGUGGUCGGGAUCCGAACCGUCGGAUCCUGCGCGACUCGUCUUCUCAGAGAUAGGUGAGCAGACAUGGAGGCUAGUUGUGUGUGUCGCUCUUCUCUUCCCUAUCCGUGUGUAGCAGGGCAAAAUUAAAACUGUACUAAAUUAUCCAGGAACCUGGUCGGCAAGUCGAUCAGGUUCAUUUUACGACGAUUUGGGAGGGGAGACAGAUUGCCGCCGGCCUCUCAGGCGAGAUCCAGGUGCUACGCAGGGGCAGAAGUCCUUUGUCUUUGCCCCUCGUUGAUCUGAUCUUGACGAUCGCUGUGUUCUUUGAAACCCACCAGUCAGUACUUCCUAAAGUCGUGCCCGUUAACAAGCCACAAUUUUAGGAAAUGUACGGGCCACUAGAAGAGCGGCCAAAUUCAUCCUUGUAGAAAGGUUUCUACUACUUUAUUUUUUUUUCCACGGCCGAUAGCUGGGCCAAGUACCUGUGGUUUAAACGACGUGCGGAUGACGUGUACGGUGGUCGUCCUUCUUUUGUCGGCCACCAUACCACCAUUCAUCAAUAGAGAGGUGUGGUGGCGCUUUGCGCCGCUGGCUGGCAUGGGAAAUGAGCAGUCACUGUGUUAUUUUGUGCUUUGCACGCCUUUCGUGUAAAAGCAGGAAAUUCAAUAAGUAAUGUUCCCUUCGAUUGCCAGACGACUGUCAGCAGUGAGUGCGUACUAGUGAAUAAAGCAGCAUGAUGGUCGUGGAAAUCUGAACGGUGACCUUUUCUUUGGGGAAUUGUUGCAUCAUCAGAUGGUGGUUAGGCUCUUGCGGGUCACGACACAAAAUAUGUGGGACCAUUCAUAUCUUGAUAGCAUACGGAGUGUCAUAAAACUCCAUAUUCGGCUGUUGCUACUGGCAAGACAGGCGGGAGCAAGAAGGAAAGUGGGUAUGAAGCUCACUUCCCGAUGCAGCGGGUCAUCUCUCUCUCUCUCUCUCUCUCUCUCUCUCUCUCUCUCUCUCUCUCUCUCUCUCUCGCUCUGUGUGUGUGCGUGUGUGUGUGUGUGUGUGUGUGUGUGUGUGUGUGUGUGUGCGUGCUGGUAGCUGUCCUUGCUGGGAUGACACGCACGAGCGAGAAGGAUGGUGGUUAUGGAUUCCACUUCUGAAUGCAGCGGUUGAUUUGCUCGUCUGAAUAGGGUGGACGGGCUCCACAGAUCAGAGUCAAAUCUCUCUUUCUCUCUCUCUCUCUCUCUCUCUCUCUCUCUCUCUCUCUCUCUCUCUCUCUCUCUCUCUCUCUCUCUCUCUCUCCAUCUGUGCCUCCCUUCCUCUCUCUCUCGUGUCUUUGGUUGAUGAAAGGGGAUUGAAAAGAGUUAUAUAUGAUAGGACUCGUAGGGAUAUGAGGUUAAGUUUUCGUUUUGUUGGGUACGGUAGAGUUUCUUGGAUUUAGGGUAAUGAAUGAUAUUUGAUGUU